AUGGCGGGCGAUGGCGACCGGGUCGACCGCCGUCCGGUGAUUCGUGGUGCUCUUCGAGCCCUUGAUGACGAGAUCCUUCGUGAUCGGAGCUACGCUGAGCGUCAUGUUGAAGUAGCUUAUCGCUGUGCGGACGCUCUUGAUCAUUUGGAGCGCGUUGUGCGCCGACUGCCUCGCCUUGAGGCCUACCGCGCUUUGUCCGAGCGACUCCUAGUCGUGAAGCAGGCGAAUGCGUCGCUGCAGGCAACAGUGGAGCGCUUGGUGCCAUUGGAGGUGGAGGUUGUUGCACUCCAUGCUCAGAACCAGUUGCUGGUUCAACUUCUGGAUGGUCGCGGGCUUGAGGGAUCCGCUCCGGCGCCAAUGCUUCCGCGUUUACUUGCGUCGGAUCCCGGUACGGCCUGA